AAGGAACAAAUGAAUCAAACCCAGAUAUCUUCAGCGCUCUAUACAACCCAGUUUAUUUCAGGAGCCCUUUUAGCCCAAGAACUCAGGCCUAACCAAGCUAAAGCCUAGACUGAGGUUGAACCGUGGAAGAGUCUUGUCUGUUCGUAAGUUGGUUUGUUGCAAAAAUCCCAGUAGCACUUUCAUUGCUUCAUUGGUGGAGCCGCCGAUUUCUGUUUCUUUGAAGCAAUACGCUCUAAAUCCAUCGUGAAUAUCUCUUUCAAUUGGUUACAUGGGCAAAAUUAACUGGGUAUGCUUUACUAUGGCUUAAAAGGGGCAUCAAUCAUCCAUAAUUGGCUUCUAUAGAGCCAACUCAAGAGUGUAUACUAGAUAGGGUUUUAAGGGAACAAGUUCAUGGGCAUGAUCUAUUUUGCUUUUCAAAACAAGAAAUGGAAGGGAAUUUAUCUCAAGGAAGUAUGAUUCCUGGUGGGACUCCUUUUGGAGGCCUUGACUUGCAAGGAUCCAUGAGAGUUCAUCAGCAAGCACAACACCAACAUGCUGUACACCAUCAGCAGCUUCCUCUUCAUCAACAAGGGUUUCAUGAGGGUUUUCCUCUUACGAUGGGAGCUGGGCACAACUCUGAUCAAACCAUUUCCAUGACCGAUUACAAUAAGGGAGAUGAGGGGAAAAAUUCAGCAAGUGAUGUGGAUGAGCCAAGCUAUACUGAAGAUGGUGCUGAUGGUCAUAAUGAUGCAAGUAAAGGGAAAAAGGGGUCACCAUGGCAGCGUGUUAAGUGGACUGAUAAAAUGGUGAGGCUGUUGAUAACUGCUGUGUCUUACAUAGGAGAGGAUGCAGCUUCAGAUUGUGGUGGUAGUAUGAGAAGGAAAUUUUCUGUUUUACAGAAAAAGGGCAAAUGGAAAUCAAUUUCAAAGGUCAUGGAUGAAAGGGGUCACCGUGUUUCACCCCAGCAGUGUGAGGAUAAAUUCAAUGACCUUAACAAAAGGUACAAAAAGCUAAACGACAUGCUUGGGAGGGGCACUUCUUGCCAAGUUGUGGAGAAUCCAGCGCUACUGGAUGUUAUAGAUUAUUUAACAGAGAAAGAGAAAGAGGAUGUUAGGAAAAUAUUAAGCUCGAAGCAUCUCUUCUAUGAGGAGAUGUGUUCAUAUCAUAAUGGAAACAGAUUGCAUCUGCCUCAUGAUCCAGCCUUACAGCGUUCCUUACAUUUGGCUCUUGGAAGUAAAGAUGAUCAUGAUAAUGAUGAUGUGAGAAGGCAACAACAUGAUGAUCUUGAUGAAGAUGAUCAAGAAGUGGAAACUGAUGAUCAUGAUGAACUAGAGGAGAAUCAACCUUCACCUGGGGAUGGCAGGGGAAUGUAUGGGGUCUUAGGGGGCUCUGUAAAAAGGUUGAGACAAGGCCAGGGCCUUGAAGAUGUUUAUUUUGGGAAUUCAUCUCAGGAUGGUAAUAAAGGUUCUUAUUCUCGUUUGCAAAUUCCCCAAGUUGAUAUGAAUCAAGUUUCAUCUGAAAGUAUAAGAGCAGCUUGCUUACAGAAGCAAUGGAUGGAAUCUUGCAUGCUUCAGUUAGAAGAGCAGAAUGUACAACUUCAACAUGAGAUGUUGGAAUUAGAAAAACAGCGAUUCAAGUGGCAAAGAUUUAGCAAGAAAAGAGAUAAUGAACUAGAAAAGUUGAGGAUGGAAAAUGAGAGGAUGAAGCUUGAGAAUGAGCGAAUGGCAUUGGAGUUGAAGCGAAAAGAAAUGGGUAUUGAUUUUAAUUAGCUGUAUGCACCCUGGUUCUGUUAGAUAUUGUUAAUAACAACUGAACUUCUAUGCAGCUCUACCCUGGUUCUGUUUUUUGGUAAGCUGCGUUGACUGUAACUGCAAUUCACUUAGUAGGGGGACUCUUGUUGGAAAUCUUACUCUAGCUGCAUAUAUAAGUGUAAACUGUAGUAUACUGACAAUAGUUGGCUAGUUACAUUGUUUCUAUUCUAGUGAAAUGGUUUUGCCUAUGAUUGAAGAUAUUGUGGCCAGAAUCUUUUUCAUUU